AUGGGCAGCCACUACAGCGCGCUGCGCUACGACGCGACGCAGGUGACGAUCCUUCCGCAGUUCCUACCGUUCACGCAGUGCGUCCCGAUGGCCGAGAUCGCUGCGCUCGCCGAGAAGCUGCGGUCGCUGCCGACGACCGCGUUCAUUUCCCUCGACGAGUUUCGGUCGUGGCUGCACAUGGGGCGUACGUUUGAUGUCUACACACUGUACCUCUUCGAGUCCCUCAAGACGACACGCGAGAGCAAAAAAGUGUACGCGAUGGAGCUCCUCUGUGCGCUGGCGGUUUGCACCUCGACCUCCGCAUCGGCGCCGACCAAAGUCGAUUUGCUCUGCAGCCUCUGCACUCACCCUGGUGCACGCACGCUCAGUGAGAGCGACGUCGCCAUUCUGCUUCUCUCGACGAUCAACGGACUGCGCAAACUCACGAUCGGCCUCGACGCUGCAUGGCAGCACCGCAGCACGCGGGACCUCGCAAAGGAGCUCCUCGCGGAUGCGUGGCAAUCGCUACAAAAGGACGCGACCGCCAUCGCCCGCGACGACUUUGUCGUUUGGUGUCUUCAGCACAAGACAACAUCCUAUGUCCUGCGGCACUUUAUCCCAGGUGACAUUCUCAACCCGAUUCUACCGGCGGCGGGCGACCGCCACCACGCGCUGUACGCUUCGAUUCUCGCGUCGCUAAGUCCCGACGACGCCGAGCGUGCAGCCGCCAUUGCCAAGAUGGCGGCGUCGACCAAGAUCCAAGCCAUCUACAAGGGUCGGCUCGCCCAGCGGAAUUUUGCACGCCAGCGCGACGAGCGUCUCGCACUACGGCACGCUGCUGCGCAAACCAUCCAAGCGUACGCAAAAAAGCAAAAGACAGCGCAGCAACUCGUCGCCCGGGCCGUGUUUGAACGUGCUGCGUACAACGGCGCCGUCUUGACCUUUGGCACGGGGCUGUCUCUGGGUGAUGGCCACGCCCAUGGCGUUGAGACGGCGCCAAAGGUCGUAUCCCGGCUGCAAGGCACCAAGUGCGUGCGCGUCGCCGUCUCGUCGAGCACGACACUACUUACGACAGCGACCGAAGGCUUUGCCUGGGGCCACGGGCUGCCGCUGCGAAUUGGUGACACCACGCAGCUCGUCACCAAAGUACCGUCGACGAUUGCGCUCAAUGUCGCGAUCGUCCAGCAGCUUGCACUCGGCGUGAGCCAUUGCCUCGUGCUGGACCGCAGCGGGCGUGUAUUUUCGUGGGGCUUCAACGACCACGGCCAGACUGGCCACGGACCCAAUGACGUUCUCGAAGCGCGAACGGGCGCUCGGUACGCCACGUACUUGGACCCGAGGCUCGGUGACGACGUCGAGUACCUCGACACGCCGCUGCAGCUGGCAUACUUUGCAGGGCGCAACGACCAAGCCGCCGAUGUGAUUCCGAUCGCAGCGGUUGCGUGCGGCGACUACUUUUCUCUCGCGCUCAGUCGAGACGGCGCCGUCUACUCGUGGGGCGAAGGCUCGGACGGGCAGCUGGGCCAUGGCACGGUCAGCGACCACCUUACGGUGGGGUUUGUCGACCGUCGGCAGCGUCAGUCGGCCUUUACGUAUGCGAGCGAGCCCAAGGCGAUAGCAACGUUGAAAGACAUUGCCGUCAUCGGCUGCAAGGGCAAUCGAUCGACGGCACUGACGCGCGACCACGACCUGUAUGAAUGGGGAAGCUGGGGGCGUAUGCGUGGCACGGAGCUCCCCCCCGCGUACGUGCCAGAGCUCAAGCACGGGGCGCAGCAGUAUGCACUAGCCAGCUUUGCCUUGGGCCACGAACAUACGAUCGCCGAUGGGGCGAGUGUGUGGCUGCGCUUGCUGCAGACGCCGGUGGAAUGUUUCGUGCUCUUGGCGCAGCACGCGCGACGCGUCGACCAUAUCCGAGCGUUAAUCGCGUCCGUGGAUUGCGCGAUCGUCGACAUUGCAUUUGACGACGUCGCCGCGUCACCGGAAGACCAUUGGGGAUCUCUGAGUACAGAGCCAUCCGAAGUGUCGAUCUCGGGCGAGACUCCGCGGGUGUCGAGUCCGCUGGAUACGUCCGGGACCGACGAUGGCGCGCAGUUGGCGCGAUCGCCGUCGGCGCUCCACAGCUCGAUCAACGCGCUCAUUCACAAGCUCUGGUGCACGCGGUGUCAAGAGGUGCAGCCAACGGUGUCCCAACUCGCGCAGCACCCAUCGCUGCUACCGCUGCGCUGGUGCCGCGCCGUGAAGGACGAGAGCUUCAACUACGACGCGCUUCUCCGCGAGGUGCUCACCGACAUCGGCGGACGGCUCUUGCUCACGUCCUUGGCGCCGCCCGAAGGGUACUACCUCGAGCUGCUGACCCCCGAUACGCUUCUCAUCGAGCUGCGCGGUAUGCCUUCGAAUACGUGCCGCAUGGUCACCAAGCGCGGUCUCUGGACGCACAUUUUGGAUUUGACCGACAUGACAAGCACCGAGCUCCCACUCGACAACAGCAUUGUUUUCGUGCGCUUCACCGAGGCCGACCUCGUUGUCAAGGUGCAGCAUCUCCGCGAAGAGACCAUUUUGGAGCUCGUGACGGCGUCCGUCGCGCAAAAAGCGCUGACGCUUCAAGAGUACGGCGUCGUUUCGAUCGUCCUAGCGUUCGACUUUCAUGAGUCCUUGCCAUUUGAGCUCGUGCUGCCAGGCGACCUUGGUGUGUACAUUCCGAUUCUCAUGGUCGAUGUGGACCAGGGCCGCCGGUUGCAAGCAGCGCUCGCGGCGCAAGACGACGGCGUCACCGCGCGACUCUUCUUCCGCCCUGACCACACGCCAACGAUCGUAGCAACCGCGUUCGAGCUCGGGGCCAUUGGCGUCAUUUUGCAGCAGCGACCUCCGAAUUAUGCACCGACCUUUGACGGUGACGUCUCGAGCGGUGACGCGACUAUUUACCGCGGGCCGCUCGAGCCAGCAGCCCUUGUCGGCACGAUCUCGCAUGCCCACGGAACCGCUCUCCGGCUCGGUGCUCAUUACGACGACGCGACCAACUUGCUCCUGGCCAAAGUUCAAUUCUGCGUCCGGCCGACCGGUAACAUUUACGCCUGGGGCUGCGCCGCGAACGGUCGUCUCGGUCUUGGGCCGACUGCGGACGCUAUCGACCUUGACGAUGGCUACGACGCGAUGACCGAGACCACGUAUCGCUGGACGCAGGAGCCGAGGGUCGUGACGGCGCUCAGUGGCCGGGACGUUGUCGACAUUGCAGCGGGGGGCAGCCAUACGCUGGCGCGGACACGGCUCGGACGGGUUUUUUCAUGGGGCCGCGGCGGCGACGGACAGCUCGGGCACCACGAUACGCACGACGUGUGGACACCGACGCUGAUUCGUCGGUUGGCGUACGAGACGAUCGUCGCUGUGGCUGCCAACGACACGAGCUCCACAGUGCUCUGCGAAGCGCUACAUGACGUGGCGUACGAGCAGCGCCGCAAGGAGAUUGCACUGUUGAAAGCAGUCCACGCCAAGCUCCCGCGCUGACACAACAGCAGUCUCUAGUCUC